ACACCCUGUAGUGAAAGAGGGGAGGGAAAGAAGAAGGGGCGUCCCACAGCUGAAGUACAGGAGCUCAAGAGUAUCCCUGUGAGUAUCUACUAUCCCUUCUAAUCCCUACUUCCUAGGGGUGUGUGUGAAAGGCAUGUAUAUAUAUCAUCUCUCCCCCUCUCUGCAGGCUAACAUGAUGGUCCAGUGGAAGGAGGAGUUUAAGAAGAGUCCCAGGGUAAAGUGUCCGUGUUCAGGCUGCUGGUUAGAGUUCCCCAGCAUCUACGGUCUCAAAUACCACUACCAACGUUGCCAGGGGGUAAGACAUGACCCUCUACUCACCACAUCUUCUCUCUCCUCACCCCUUCUGCUCUCCCGCAUCGUCCCUCCUCACCUCCUCCAUCUCGCCCCACCCCCACCUUCUCUAUCUGUCCCCCACUAUCUUCGAGGGUGUCUGUAUAUUUAUUGUCAAUGUGUACACCUGUUGAAUUAGAUGUUGUACUUUAGAUGUAUCAAUAUCUUUCCCAUUCUCUAUUUGACCUCAUCCCUCUUUCUUACUGUGUCUCUCAGGUGACCCUAGCGGAAAAGGUGAGUCAUGGCUGUCCGGACUGUAAGGCGGUGUUUCCCACUAAGGUCCGCCUCCAAAAGCACAAGCUGUGGAACCACCCCGAGAGGGCUACCAUCGAGACCAAGGCUGAGCCCAAACUACGUAAGACCCCCGUGAAGUGGACCGCCAAGAAAAGGUGACAUGGGUCAGGGAUUUUCACCGUAAGACACAGCUUACCUACAUACUGUAGGUAGGCCUACCUAUGAUUAGAUUGUACCAAUGUGUCUUCUCUGUCCAGGCCUAUUGAGAACACUCCACCGUCGCCUGUGUUCUUCAAAGUCAAGAAGACCCAGGAGGUGUCUAGUCCCUCCCAGAACGGGGAGUGUGCCCCCCAGAGGGGAGAGAGGAAACAGUACACACACCCCCAGCCCCCUCAGCAGCAGGUCUCCUCAUCUGACACCUCCCCCAACACCCCGGGGGGCAGCGAGAGCGAAGGUGAGGGGAGCAGCCUGCCCCCACCAUACCCCAAUGAAGACCCUGAGAGGACAAGGCACAGUAAGAUUAAAAUAUGAUGAGUAAUAUGAUAUUUUUGUUAGAGCCCGACCGAUAAAUCGGUUGACCAAUAUUAUCGGCCAAUAUUAGCCUUUCACAUAAAUAUUUGUAUCAGUCUUUAUUCCACAGAUAAAACGCGGAUAUUAUAUACAUAGAAUGAACAAAUACAUCUGCUCAUUUGCUGUCAUUUUUAUACUUUUUCAAUUGUUUCCUGAAGAUACAUUUUAAAUGUUUACAUUUUUGUCAAUGAGCGACUUACAGUUAGUGCAUGCAUCUUAAAAUAGUUUGGUGGGACAAGUAGCUUGCCACAGUCAGUGACAGCAUAUUUGAAUACGUAAAUAAUCAAAAGUACACUUCACCAAGGAAGCAGCCCUGUUCUCAUCACAUUCUCACUUAGUCACUUUAACUCUACCCACAUGUACAUAUUACCUCAAUUACCUCGACUAGCCGGUGCCCCCGCACAUUGACUCUGCAUCGGUACCCCCUGUAUAUAGGCUCCCCACGGUUAUUUUAUUUUACUGCUGCUCUUUAGUUAUUUGCUUUAAUUUUUUUUGCUUAACACUUUUUUUAUUUGUUUUACUUUGCAUUGUUGGUUAUGGGCUUGUAAGUAAGCAUUUCACUGUAAUGUCUACACCUGUUGUAUUCGGCGCAUGUGGCAAAUUAAAUUUGAUUUGAUUAGACUAGUUAACGUUAAUGUAGUUAGGCUCUAUCUAGCCAGCAAGGUAAUUAGCCUAGUUAGCUAGCAAUCUGUGCUACUUAAGUGCAAACACUGGACUGGCGCCAAAGUGAACACUCAUCCUUGAUACAAAAAUAACGCUGUUACUGUCUGGCAUAUCCGCGUGAGGUAGCACCCCCUGAUAAAUCACAAUUUAAAAAUACCUGUAUAUAAAAAAAUUAUGUAUGAGCGGAGCAAAAAACUUGUCAGCCUCCCUAAAAUCGCUAUCGGACCCAAAAAUCCCUUACCGGUCGGGUUCUACUUUUUGUUGCAUUGUGAGGGUACAGUUAGAAGUCCAGUGGAAAUGGGGGCCCAUGUGUUUGACGGUUUCUUGCUCUCUGUUCUCCUCUUGAGCCAGGACGGAAGCAGAAAACUCCUAAGAAGUUCACUGGAGAGCAGCCCUCUAUCUCGGGGACGUUCGGACUGAAAGGUAGACCCCUCAGCGUAUCUCUUCUCACAGCUUCUCUCACUCAUGCUUGAAAUAAAAGUAGGGGGAACUCACUCACCAGACCACUACUGGGUGAUUUGGGUUGACUACACUAUUUUACAUGUACAUUUUUAGUCAUUUAGCAGACACUCUUAUCCAGAGCGACUUACAGUUAGUGAGUGCAUACAUUUUCAUACUGGCCCCCCGUGGGAAACGAACCCACAACCCUGGCGUUGCAAGCGCCAUGCUCUACCAACUGAGCACCCUUUGAAGAACCCUUUUUGGUUCCAUGUAGAAUCCUUUCCACAGAGGAUUCUACAUGGAACCCAAAAUAGUUCUACCUGGAACCAAAAAGGGUUCUAUCUGGAAACAAAAAGGGUUAUCCUAUGGGGACAGCCAAAGAACCGUUUUGGAACACUUUUUUCUAAGAGUGUAGGCAUCUGAGAGUCCCCAUCCCCUUAGUUUGUCUUAAUAGUAGUGGCCUCUCUCGCGCUCUCGCUCUCUGUUAAUGUGUUGGAACUGUCGAGGUGUUUUAUAUCAUGACUCAGUACAGAGACUCAGUGAGUCAGUCUCAUACUCUCAUUCUGACACAUUUUCUCUCUUUCUCAGCACCACUUUUCUCUAAGCUCAGUGACUCACACAGCACUACACAUUACACGACUAUCUCUCUCUCUUUCUAUGUGUUUCUCAUAUCCCUACCUCAUCUCUCUCGCUACAACUCUUUUGUUAAUUUUUAUUGUUCAGGAAUCAGCUUUUCUCUUUAUAUACUCCUCUUAGUCAGCAACAUCCUCUCUUUCUCUCGUUCCCUCCCUCGCUCUCUCAUUCUACAUCCCCAUUAGUUUCCCCCUGUGAAAUGCAGCUGAUAAAUAAAGGGUAUUACUCUGUAAUUGUCCUGGUGUCAUACUGCUCAGACUAACUUAAUCUCUGCAGUUCUAGGUUCUCUUUAACUUUAACUCUGACUGUAAAUGUCAUGAGCUCUGAUUACCUUUUUCACUUUACUGAACCUGACCCAUGUACACAUGCACAUAUGCACUCAUAUGCACUUUCCAAGAUGGCGUAGCAGUGCGGUCGGGUUCUCUUGUGUGUCCAUGUAAAUAGCCAGUUUUUUGUAUUUUACGUAUAUAUUUCCCUAUCACACUUUUCAUCCAUCUACAAAAUAUACUUUCCUGCAACCCGCCUCACUCAAUGUGGAACAGAUUGUAUUAUUUACUCACCUUUAUCUAGAAUCUCCAGUUGAAACUAGCCAGCCAGCUAACUAGCUAACUAGCUACUUGCUAUUAGCCACCGUUAGCGGUUUUCACCCAGAACAUCGGAUUUUCUGCUGGAAUAACUGAAUCACUGGACCUUAACACCGGAUAGCAACUAGCUAGCCACAACCGAAUGGAUGUCGAAUGGAUGUUGCUGUAGGCUAAUCACCACUGCCCCCGAAGCAAGCACCAGUUAGCCUUGAGCUAGCCUCGAGCAGGCCCAUAUCCCGGCUAUCUACCUCUCUGUCUACCGGACGGGAGUAGCCAGCUAACCAGCUAACUAGCUACUUGCUAUUAGCCACCGUUAGCGGUUUUUCACCAUUGUCCGUGGCCUGCACUACCUACCAGCCAGCUCUAGCCUGGACUAUUAUCGGCCAGUCUGCACUGUCUGCACAGCGCGUUAUCGACUAUCGGAUCUUUGCUGGAAUCACUGAAUCACUGGACCUUUAACACUGGAUAAUCGCAACUAGCUAGCGGCAUCCAAAAUGAACGUUGUUGUUGGCUAAUCAGCCUUGAGCUAGCCUUGAGUCAGGCACAUCUCCCGGCUAUCUACCUCUCUGUCAACCGGACGGGACAUCCUAGAGUCGACACGGAGCCCCGCCGAUCCAUCACGACUGGUCUGCCGACGUAAUCGUCUGUGGUUUCAAUAGGCUUCCCGUUGCGACGACCACGAAGAUCCAUCUGCUAGCCCCGGCCCGCUAGCACACGCAAACAACAGCCGUGCUUCCUGCUUGCUGUGUUGUAGCACCAAUUCGAACUGCUCUCGGACUCACAUAUUGCUGUUCACUGGACCUUAUGAUCACUCAGCUGCACAGCUGAUGCCUGCUGGACUGUUCCUUUACACGGUACCCUGUCCUGUUUAUCUGUUUAGCCUCAGCCCAAACUUUAUCUCCAUUACCAGUUGUUGUCUUAGCUCUCUCUAAUAACACCUGUGAUUGCUUUAUGCCUCUCUCCCAUGUCAAUAUGCCUUGCCUAUUGCUGUUCCAGUUAGUUCUUAUUAUACAAUUUCACUGUAGAACCCCAAGUCCCUCUCAAACUGCCUCAAAUAGUUCCUUUGUUCCACCUCCCAUACACGCCGAGACCGGCUCAAUCGGUGCCUCCAGUGAUGCUAUCUCUUUCAUUGUUACCCAACGCUUAGGUUUACCUCCACUGUACUCAUAUCCCUCCAUAUCCUUGUCUGUACAUAAUGCCCUGAAUCUAUUCUACAACGCCCGGAAAUCUGCCCCCUUUAUUCUCUGUACCCAACGCACUAGAAAACCAGUUCUUAAAGCCUUUAGCCAUAUCCUUAUUCUAGUCCUCCUCUGUUCCUCUGGUGAUGUAGAGGCUAACCCAGGCCCUGCAGCCCCCAGUAUCACUCCUACUCCCCAGGAGCUAUCAUUUGUUGACUUCUGUAACCGUAAAAGCCUUGGUUUUCUGCACGUUAACAUCAGAAGCCUCCUUCCUAAGUUUGAGUUAUUCACUGCGUUAGCACACUCUGCCAACCCUGAUGUUCUAGCAGUGUCUGAAUCCUGGCUUAGGAAGGCCACCAACAAUUCCGAAAUGUCCAUCCCCAACUACAACAUUUUCCGUCUAGAUAGAACUGCCAAAGGGGGUGGAGUUGCAAUCUACUGCAGAGCUCUAUCAUACUAUCCAGGUCUGUGCCCAAACAGUUUGAGCUUCUACUUCUAAAAAUCCACCUUUCCAGAAAUAAGUCUCUCACUGUUGCCGCUUGCUACAGACCCCCCUCAGCCCCCAGCUGUGCCCUGGACACCAUAUGUGAAUUGAUUGCCCCCCAUUUAUCCUCAGAGUUUGUACUGCUUGGUGACCUAAAUUGGGAUAUGCUUAACACCCUGGACAUCCUACAAUCCAAACUAGAUGCCCUCAAUCUCACACAAAUUAUCAACGAACCUACCAGGUACAACCCUAAAUCCGUAAACAUGGGCACCCUCAUAGAUAUCAUCCUGACUAAUUUACCCUCUAAAUACACCUCCUCUGUCUUCAACCAGGAUCUCAGCGAUCACUGCCUUAUUGCCUGCGUCCGUAACGGGUCCGCGGUCAAACGACCACCCCUCAUCACUGUCAAACGCUCCCUAAAACACUUUAGCGAGCAGGCCUUCCUAAUUGACCUGGCCCAGGUAUCCUGGAUGGAUAUCGAUCUCAUUCCGUCAGUAGAGGAUGCCUGGUUGUUCUUUAAAAGUAAUUUCCUCUCAAUCUUCAAUAAACAUGCCCCAUUCAAAAAAUACAGAACUAAGAACAGAUAUAGCCCCUGGUUCUCCUCAGACUUGAAAUUUGCCCUUGACCAGCACAAAAACAUCCUGUGGCGUACUGCAUUAGCAUCGAAUAGCCCCCGCGAUAUGCAACUUUUUAGGGAAGUUAGGAACCAUUAUACACAAGCAGUUAGGAAAGCAAAGGCUAGCUUUUUCAAACAGAAAAUUGCAUCCUGUAGCACUAACUCCAAAAGGUUUUGGGACACUGUAAAGUCCAUGGAGAAUAAGAGCACCUCCUCCCAGCUGCCCACUGCACUGAGGCUAGGAAACACUAUCACCACCGAUAAAUCUACAAUAAUCGAGAAUUUCAACAAGCAUUUUGCUACUGCUGGCCAUGCUUUCCACCUGGCUACCACUACCCCGGCCACCAGCACCCUCCGCUGAAACUUGCCCAUGCCCCCCCCCCCCCGCUUCUCCUUCACACAAUUUCAGACAGCUGAUGUUCUGAAAGAGCUGCAAAAUCUGGACCCCUACAAAACAUCUGGGCUAGACAAUCUGGACCCUUUCUUUCUAAAACUAGCCACCGAAAUUGUCGCAACCCCUGUUACUAGCCUGUUCAACCUCUCUUUCGUAACGUCUGAGAUCCCCAGAGAUUGGAAAGCUGCUGCGGUCAUCCCCCUCUUCAAAGGGGGUGACACUCUAAAUCCAAACUGUUACAGACCUAUAUCCAUCCUGCCCUGCCUUUCGAAAGUUUUUGAAAGCCAAGUUAACAAACAGAUCACCGACCACUUCUAAUCCCACCGUACUUUCUCCACUAUGCAAUCCGGUUUCCAAGCUGGUCAUGGGUGCACCUCAGCCACGCUCAAGGUCCUAAACGAUAUUAUAACCGCGAUCGAUAAUAGACAGUACUGUGCAGCCGUCUUCAUCGACCUGGCCAAGGCUUUCGACUCUGUCAACCACCGCAUUCUUAUUGGCAGACUAAAUAGCCUUGGUUUCUCAAAUGACUGCCUCGCCUGGUUCACCAACUACUUCUCAGAUAGAGUUCAAUGUGUCAAAUCGGAGGGCCUGUUGUCUGGACCUAUGGCAGUCUCUAUGGGGGUGCCACAGGGUUCAAUUCUUGGGCCGACUCUUUUCUCUGUGUAUAUCAAUGAUGUCGCUCUUGCUGCAGGUGACUCUCAGAUCCACCACUACGCAGACGACACCAUUUUGUAUACAUCUGGCCCUUCAUUGGACACUGUGUUAACAAACCUCCAAACGAGCUUCAAUGCCAUACAACACUCCUUCAGUAGCCUCCAACUGCUCUUAAACACUAGUAAAACUAAAUGCAAGCUCUUCAAUCGAACGCUGCUGGCACCCGCCCACCCGACUAGAAUCACUACUCUCGACGGGUCUGACCUAGAGUAUGUGGACAACUACAAAUACCUAGGUGUCUGGUUAGACUGUAACCUCUCAUUCCAGACUCACAUUAAGCAUCCCCAAUCCAAAGUUAAUUCUAGAAUCGGCUUCCUAUUUCGCAACAAAGCCUCCUUCACUCAUGCUGCCAAACAUGCCAUCGUAAAACUGACUAUCCUACCGAUCCUUGACUUCGGCGAGGUCAUUUACAAAAUAGCCUCCAACACUCUACUCAGCAAAUUGGAUGUAGUCUAUCACAGUGCCAUCCGUUUUGUCACCAAAGCCCCAUAUACUACCCACCACUGUGACCUGUACGCUCUUGUUGGCUGGUCCUCACUACAUAUUCGUCGCCAAACCCACUGGCUCCAGGCCAUCUAUAAAUCACUGCUAGGCAAAUCCCCGCCUUAUCUUAGCUCAUUGGUCACCAUAGCAACACCCACCCGUAGUAUGCGCUCCAGCAGGUAUAUCUCACUGGUCAUUCCCAAAGCCAACACCUCCUUUGGCCGCCAUUCUUUCCAGUUCUCUGCUGCCAAUGACUGGAACGAAUUGCAAAAAUCUCUGAAGCUGGAGACUUAUCUCCCUCACUAACUUUAAGCAUCAGUUGUCAGAGCACCUUACCGAUCACUGCACCUGUACACAGCCCAUCUGAAAUUAGCCCACCCAACUACCUCAUCCCCAUAUUGUUAUUUAUUUUGCUAAUUUGUACCCCAGUAUCUCUAUUUGCACAUCAUCUCUUACAUUCCAGUGUUAAUACUAAUUGUAAUUAUUUUGCACUAUGGCCUAUUUAUUGCCUUACCUCCAUAAUUUGCUACAUUUGCACACACUGUAUAUAUAUUUUCUGUUGUAUUUUUGACUUUAUGUUUUGUUUUACCCCAUAUGGAACUCUGUGUUGUUGUUUUUAUCGCACUGCUUUGCUUUAUCUUGGCCAGGUCGCAGUUGUAAAUGAGAACUUGUUCUCAACUGGCUUACCUGGUUAAAUAAAGGUGAAAUUAAAAAUAAAUAUAUAAAAUAUACACACGUUUGUAGAGGCUGCUAAGGGGAGGAUGGCUCAUAAUAAUGUCUGGAACGGAGCAAAUGGAAUGGCAUCAAACACAUUGAAACCAUGGAAACCAUGUGUAUGAUGUUGUUGAUACCUUUCCACCUAUUCCUCUCCAGCCAUUACCAAGUGCCCGUCUUCCCCAAUUAAGGUGCCACCAACCUCCUUUGGUACACUCAGUCAUACAUUCUGUAUGUUUCAGGUAUGAACAAGGUAGAGGAGAAGCUGAAGGCUGGUCGUGUGAAGAGAUUAGAAGGGGGUUUGUUUAGCGAGGAGCCCCAGGGGAAGCACCCCGGUCCAGCCUCCAGGAGAGACCCACCACCCCUCACCUCUGGUACUAAUAUGGCUGUUCUGGACUACUUGUGAAUUUCUGUUGAUUGACAAGACAUAUUCCAUCUUCCAAAUGUUUCCCUGGUACACACGUUGAACCACUUUGUGUGAUCAAUUUUCACAAUAUAAAGUAUUGAUCGAUUGGUUGAUUGCUUGGUUGAUUGAUUAGUUGAUUGAUUGAUAUAUCCCCCAGGUACUCCAGCAGAGGCCCAGUGGCAGCAUGCCAUUACAGAGCGGGGGGAGGUGGUGUGUCCUACCUGCUCCAUUGUCACAAGAAAGACCGUCUCAGGCCUCAAGAAGCACAUGGAGAUCUGCCAAAAGGUGAGUCAAUCAAAACCGAGGGUGUUUGGACCAGAGAACUAA